GGUUAGAAGCGUAUGGUUGCAACAAGGCUUAGGCUUAUACACACUAACCACUUUCGCCCAGUGGAUAGCCGAUCAGGUUCAGAGUAGCAUCAGAUGAGCCAUUCUGACCACCAUAACUCGAUUGCGAGUCAAAAGAGCCACCUUGAAGGAGCCCCAGCACAAGCGAGUCCGAGAUGCGACCCCCUGCUAAACUUUGAUAGCUUAUAGGAAGCACGUCAAUCGCUGCGGGAACAAGUGGAACGCGGACGCAAAUGGAUCCAGAUCCGGAGUCUUGAGGAUAUCCCGGCCUUGGUAGUAUCAGGUAUCGAUUUGUGGUUGUUGGGUAUAUAUAUAUAUGCAUGAGUAGCUCCGGUUAUUUUGUCAAAAGAGGAGAAGAGCUAUACAAUUUUGCUUCUCAUCACAUACAUCGAGCUACAACUGUCGCCCGAAAUACAAAUCACUUACAUCGUUACAUCUGUCGAAUCACGAUACCGCCAAAAUGCCCAUCACCGAAGUCGUAUUCCCAGUCUUCAAGCUGGACCCCGAGACGCUCGCAACGCUGCAAGCAGCCGCGCCCACAAUGUUUUCGACCAUCAAGGGAGUUCCAGGCCUGUUGAACCUCUUGCGGGGACCGCUUUUGGAGGAGAAUGGCCAGGCUGUUGAUCCAAGCACCCACAGAAGUGUACUUUCCCUUGAGUGGGAAAAUGUAGAGUCUUUUCACGGCUUCUACCCAUCCUCGGAUGCCUUCCUGGGCUUCUUCAACGUUGUCAAGCCAUUAGUCGCGGCAGCGCCUUCGCCUCAACUCUUCCAGGCCGAAAACAGAUCGACAGACUGCCUAUCCUCGAACCUCACGCAGAUUAUCAAGGGCCAGGCCGCCAGCGGGACGGCAGAGACGUGGAAGAAAAUCCAGCAGCUGCUUGGAGCAAACAUACCCUCGUACCAGGCGGGCGGAAUCGAGAAGGAUGCGGCUGAAUUUCUGGGCUUGAUUGGGUGGAAGAGCAAAGAGGAGUAUGAACAGUUUGGAAAGCAAAAGGAGUUUUUGGAGUUGGUGAAGCAGCUUAAUGCCCAGAACGAGGUGGAUAAUAUUCUUGUACAACUGACCAAGAUUGACACUUAAGCAAGGAAUGAAGAGGAACGUGGGAUAUGUCAGCCCACUGUACCCUAUCAUUAGUUAUGAAUACCACUCACUUCUCUUUAUGUAA